UUCCCACUAAGCGACUUCACCACACCUCGAAUUUCCUCAUCUCACGAUCAAGUUUCACGACGACCACGAUCUCACCGCCCGAUUCCCGACUUUUGACGAGCACGAUACUCGCGCAUCCUAUUCAAAAUGUCGUCCGGAAAGGUCAAGGCUGCCCAGCUCUGGGGGAAGAGCAAAGAUGAUCUCAAGAAGCAACUCGAUGACCUGAAGCAAGAGCUGGUCCAGCUGCGCACACAGAAGAUUGCCGGAGGCGCUUCAUCGAAACUCACCAAAAUCCACGAUGUCCGGAAAUCCAUUGCUCGAGUCCUCACCAUCAUCAACGCCAACCAACGCGCCCAACUCCGUCUCUUCUACAAGAACAAGAAGUACCUCCCGCUCGACCUCCGCCCCAAGACCACCCGCGCCAUGCGACGAAGGUUAUCGCCGGCGGAUGCCGCCAAGGUGACGGAGAAGCAGAAGAAGAAGCAGACCCAUUUCCCGCAGAGAGUCUAUGCCAUCAAGGUAUACUUUUACGAACCCCUGUGCUGGGUGUGAAUGAUCGGAAUCAAGGCUAAUGUGACGCAGGCAUGAAAGCAUAAUGGGCACAUGGUGUUUCUGGGUUUGAUAGCAUUGCACUUGCAG